AAAAAAACUUUUUCUUUUACAAAUUUAGCAUUGGUUAUGGAACACCAAGCCAGUGAUGAUGAACCACCAGUAGUUCGCAGAGAGGAAAACAAGAGGAGAAGAAGAAAGAUGAAAGCGUUUACUUCUACCUCAGCUGUAUCGACGGAUAAUAUAGCUGUAGAUUUUGUACUUCCCACCACCAACAAAAACAGCAGGAACCCAGACACAUUGCAUAUAGACGUGACUGGCAAUUGGACGGUAGAGCAGGUGAAGGUUCAGAUUUGGCACAGAGCGGUAACCACUAAAUUGUGCCCUGAAUUUUACCAAAAAUACUCUCCGGACCACUGCAUGCUGCUCUACCAGAAGAAAGGCAACUGGUAUGAGAUCUACGACAAGCAGCAGGUAUUCCAAACCCUUGACUGUAUCAGAUAUUGGAAAGCAUUGAGAAAAGAGGUCGGCAAGAUUCACCUGGUUGUUAGAACGCAGCCUAAUGAGGAUUCGCUUCAAUAUCAACGGUUUCUGAACCACCUAAUCGGAUAUGAUGUUACAGAUGUCAGCAACGUCCACGACGACGAACUGGAGUUCACGCGAAGAAAGCUACUAACCCCUCGGAAAAUUGAGCUGUCUGAUCGAGAUCCCAAACUCUACUCGAUGGAUCCAUGGAUAACCCCAAAGCCUCUCCCUGAAUAUCUGCUGAGCAAAAUAAGCAACAAUCACAUCCUGGUAGUGAUACACAAGGACACAACAAGCCAGACUAUUAAGGUGUCUAUAGAUGACACACCUGUCCAGGUUCUUCAGAGCUUCUUUGCCAAGAUAAAAAAAAAGCGAGCGAUUUUAGGCAUAUCGGAAGACGUCAGCGAAUCCGAUUUUGUCUUGAGGGUUUGUGGAAGAGAGGAAUACCUAUAUGGCAACUACGCCAUCAAAGAUUUCCACUGGAUCAGACAGUGUCUUAAAAAUGGUGAAGAGAUCCAUCUGGUUUUAGAGCAUCCUCCAGACCCAGAACUAGACGUGGUCCAAAAAGAGGACUGGUCUCAGGUCGAUGACUGCACCGGUGUCGCUGGUACUCACGAACAACUGACCAUCACUGAGAAAGACCACGAGAAGGUUUUUACCAUCUCCCUUUGGGACUGCAAUCGUAAAUUCAGGGUGAAGAUCUUGGGGAUUGACAUACCAGUGUUGCCUCGUAAUUCCGAGUUGAUUGUGUUUGUAGAAGCCAGUAUUUUCCACGGACAACAGCUGCUGGCCCAAGAAAGGACAACCUCCAAACCCUUCACCGAGGAGGUGCUCUGGAACACCUGGUUGGAGUUCAACAUAAAGAUCAAGGAUUUGCCCAAAGGUGCCCGACUUAGUCUGCAGGUGUCGUGUGGAAAAGCACAGACUCAAACAUCCAAGGAAAACGAAUGCAAAAACAAGAGCCGCUUGCUGUACUAUGUCAACCUGUUACUGGUGGACCACCGCUCCCUGCUCAGACAAGGAGAGUUCAUCUUGCACAUGUGGAAGAUGCCUGAGAAGAGUGAAGACAACAGCAGCGUUAACGCAGACAAACUCACGUCCGCAACCAACCCAGACAAGAACAGCUCCAUGGCUGUUGCCAUUCUCUUGGACAAGUACUGCUACCCUGUGGCUCUUCCCAAGAGCAAGGAUUCUCCGGACUCGGAAAUGGAAGGGGAGCGAGGGCAAAGAGAGAUGCCCAACCAUCUGCGCAAACAGUUUGAGCAGAUAAUUGCUACCGACCCUUUGCAUCCGCUAAGCUCCGAAGAUAAAGAAUUGCUUUGGCACUUCCGGCAGGAGUGCAUGAAGGAUCCCAAAGCCUAUCCAAAGUUUCUUUCCUCGGUUAAGUGGGGCAAACAAGAGGCUGUAAUGAUAACGCACCAUCUUCUUGAAAGGUGCACUGUUUGGGACCGAAGCUCGCUAGAUGUGGGUUUGGCUAUACAGUUACUGGACUGCCACUUCUCUGAUGAAAAAGUGCGCACUAUGGCCGUCCGGAAGUUGGAGACUCUGGAAGAUGACGAUGUCCUGCGGUACCUCCUGCAGCUUGUUCAGGCUGUAAAAUUUGAACCGUACCAUGACAGCGCACUCGCCAGGUUUCUUCUCAAACGUGCGCUUAGAAGCCAGCGGAUCGGCCAUUUCUUGUUCUGGUUCCUGCGUAGCGAAAUCGCUCAAUCCAUGCACUAUCAGCAGAGGUAUGCCGUAAUACUUGAAGCUUACCUCCGUGGCUGUGGUGAAGCCAUGCUGCAGGACUUCAGGAAGCAGGUGGAGAUGACAGAGGCCUUGCAAAAAGUCACUCGUGAGAUUAAGCUAAUGUCUGCUGAAAAGUAUGACGUGUCACAACAAGUUGUUUUACAGCUGCGUCAGAAACUGGAAGGUCUGCAGACGUCAGGGUUGCCAGACAGCUUUAAAGUGCCUUAUGACCCAGGCCUACGGGCAGGGGCGCUUGUGAUUGAACAAUGCAAAGUGAUGGCAUCCAAGAAGAAACCCUUGUGGCUGCAGUUCAAACGAGCCGACCCCACAACAUUGUCGAGUGACACGAUUGGGAUCAUCUUUAAAGACGGGGAUGACCUUCGUCAGGACAUGCUGAUAUUACAGAUUUUACUGAUAAUGGAGUCUAUCUGGGAACUGGAGUCUUUGGAUCUUUCCUUGUUACCAUAUGGAUGUAUUUCCACUGGAAAUAAAAUUGGAAUGAUUGAAAUAGUGAAGGAUGCCACUACUAUUGCUAACAUUCAACAAAGUACUGUCGGGAACACCGGAGCUUUUAAAGAUGAAAUCCUCAGUCAGUGGCUUCGUGAAAAGUGUGUGAAUGAGGACAAGCACCAGCAGGCUGUUGAACGCUUUGUGUUCUCCUGUGGAGGGUAUUGCGUGGCAACUUAUGUCCUGGGCAUUGGUGAUCGUCACAAUGACAACAUAAUGAUUACAGAGACAGGCAACCUAUUCCACAUUGAUUUCGGUCACAUACUUGGAAACUACAAGAGUUUCAUGGGGAUCAGCAAGGAGCGAGUUCCUUUUGUGCUGACUCCUGAUUUCCUCUAUGUGAUGAGCACGACGGGCAAAAAAAGCAGCCCUCAUUUCCUUCAGUUUCAGAACGUUUGCCUGAAGGCCUACCUGGCUCUGAGACACCACACUAACCUGCUGAUCAUCCUGUUCUCCAUGAUGCUGAUGACCGGCAUGCCUCAGCUGACCAGCAAAGAGGACAUCGAGUACAUACGGGAAGCGCUAACGGUCGGAUGCUCGGAGGACGAGGCCAAACAACACUUUUUGGAACAAAUCGAGAUCUGCCGGGACAAGGGUUGGACGGUGCAGUUCAACUGGUUCCUACACUUGGUUCUAGGCAUUAAACAGGGUGUGGAGAAACGUUCAGCUUGAAGUCAAACAUUACAUUUCCUCAAUGAAGUACAUUAGUGUUUUCAUUUAAAAAAAAAAAAAAAGUUUUGCAUAGAUUAUUUGCAUACGUUUCGAGAUGGAGCAUACAGUAAUUUUAUUUCUGUCUCUGAUAUGACUUAGCCAGGGAUCUCUAACCCUGCUGCUGGAGAGCUACCAUCCUGCAGACUUCAGACUUAACCCUGUUCCAACUCACCUGUCUGUAAUUAUCAAGUAGCCCUGAACACCUUGAUUAGCUGGUUCAGGUGUGUUUGAUUGGGGCUGGAGCGGAAAUCUGCAGGACAGUAGCUCUCCAGGAGAAGGGUUGGAGACCCCUGACUUAGACCUAUUAGCAUGGAUGCUGCAUCAUGCAAAAGUUUUUAUUUACAGAUGUAAUGGGUGAAAUGCCCUGUUCACAUUUAUUUGUAACCCUUUAUUAUUUUAUUCUGUAAUUGCAAGUGUCUAAUAAUGAGAAUAAGGUGAGUUUCUAAGAUAAAAGGAAUAGUUUGAUCUGGUAAUGCGAUGUAAACAUGGGGACCACCGGGUUGUACAAUGAAACCCCCUUUUCUAGCUUUUUUUAAAGAAAUAUUAAAAUAAAGAAUGGAAACGAUAUUGGUUACAAUAAUUAUUAACUGUAAUCUUUACUUUUAUAUUUAAUCAGGUAGUGCAAUUAUUUUAUAUAUAGAUUACCAAAUGUCUCAAGUCAACAUGAAAUCAAAAAUAUAUAUUUAAUUACUUUAUAUUAAAUUGCUUUGUAAAUAAACUUUCAAUGUGUCUGUAUCAGUUA